UAUGCGGUCAUUGUGGUUCAUCGUGCAGCAACUGGCAUUUGAUUUGAAGCCAUGGACAGUUGGACACAUAAGAACCAAUAACAAAGGCGUUUUUCAAGGGGCCAUCAACGAAAAGCGGAUGCAAAUCGUAACUGCCGUUCGGGAGAAUUUCUGCACCAAAAAAAAUUAUUAAAUAGAUACGGAUACUGUACACGGAUCUGUAGUAUUCUGUACAAAUACAGUACAAAUCAUUAAAUGACGUGGCAGCUCUCGGAUACGGCGAAAACCUUUUACUUUUAAAUUGGCUAUUGACCGGCCGGGGCUGGUUGCUUUUUAGGUUUUUCGAACUGCGACACGAAGUAUUUUUUGCAGUCGUGUACAGACAUGAGACAAUAUUAAUCAUUGUAUUUAGUAACGGCGCUAAGACUAAAAUACUUUAGGCUUUUCAGUGGGCACGGGUCACGAUUUUUUUUGUCGUUGCGCUGGCCGCGUGCAGCUGUGCUACACGAGCGCAUGUGCUGGCUGUCUGCAUGCUGCAUGUUUUCAAGCACCCUUAGCAGCGUCGAACUUUUAAAAAAAAGGCAAGGAACUGUUUGCCAAAGCUUCCAUCAAAGUUCUGUGGGAAUUCUCCAGCCGGAGACCUGCAAUUAGUGAUGGAAUCCACGGACACCAUUAGCGAACCAGUCGACGGAGAACGUAUCGUUAGUCGGUCGUUUUCGGCAGGCGACGUUAUUCUGACCUGCGAGCCAUGGAUCUGGGUGUUCGACCGCGCCGCGUAUAAAGACCACUGUGCGCACUGUUUCCUAAAGAAGCAGGGACUGCGGACAUGCUCGGGAUGCCAACUGCAUCGCUACUGCAGUAAAGCAUGCCAGGUCUCCGACUGGAAAAUGGAGCAUAAACUGGAGUGCGCUAUGCUGAAGACCCUCGGUGGCAGUAUGGCGAUGAUGGAUGUGACGACAGGCACAGGACGAACAAAAUUUUACGGCGGGCGGGCAUUCGACCUGAUCGCCAAGAUAUCCAACAAAAUCAAGCUGAACGUAACCAUGGAUCUCGGCGAUCAGGGAACGCUAUCAGCUGUCGACAUUUUCCAUUCUCUCCCUGAACAACCAUCCUGGCCCCGUGUCGGGGCCGUGACAACGGAUGAGCGCGUGGACGAUUCGGCACUCGACCUCGGCAUCUCUCCGUCCGAAUUCGUGGACUAUAAUCGGAUCGGGGCAUACAAUGCAAUGCCCCUGCGUGACCUCCGCGAAGACCGCGAUCGGCAGUAUCCUUUUGCUCUGGCCAUCUAUCCACAGGCGCCCUUCCGGGCCAUGACGCCGGUGUGCUGGGAUGUCAAUGUCACGCUCAACUUCAACGGCCGCCGCUUGAUUAUUGUCGCCACCGAAGAUAUUCCUAACUGCACCGGACUGCACGAUCUUCGCCACAAUCGGAUGAUGACGGAUCCAUUUUCGCGUCCGCUCGUGGAGCGGCAGGAUGUGUUCAAAAUGUUCUACGGCUACCCAUGCCCAUGCCGGAAAUGCACCAAAGAAUUUGAUGCGGAGACCAAUCCUCUAAAAUGUAUUACGCCGGAAUGCCGGGAACCGAUUCCCAGCGAUAACCGUGCACUGGCGCCUUGUCCACGGUGCGGCGCGGUGAACAGUGAUCAGCUGGAGAAGUUUAUGCGAUUCACGGAGAAAUGCGAAGCGCUGUGGCGGGAUAACGUCGCGGAAAUGGAGCAGACGCUGGAAAAUGUCAGACAUUUUAAAGAAGUCCAAGCGGAAACCUUCCUCCAUCCGAACGCCCAUAUUCGCUAUGUGUACUCGUACAACCGCUACCUGGAUUACUUGAAUGAUGGCCGCUUUGAAGAGGGUUGGAAGCUGGCACAGGAAAUGGUUGCUUGUUUAAAGAAAGUCCACCCCAAAUAUGACGUUGCCUUAGCUGCCAAGAUAGCCUCGAUCGGGUGCAUGGCGGUGAGUGCUGUGAAGAAGAAAGUACUGAGUACACCGCUGAAAAAGCGAAAACGACUGCAACCAUUCGUUACGGCGAUGUGUCCUGUUGCGCGCAGUUAUUGCAAGGAAGCGGAAGAUCUGUACAUCAGCGUGCUGGGUGCUGAUUCCGCUGGAGCCGACAUCGGUCGCGAAUGGUGUGCCGACGUGGAUGACCGGAUUUCCAGCCUUCAGGCGGCGGUAAACGGGGAUGAGUGUCAACCGUUCGCCGGUUUCGUCGUCUUUUAACGGCUCGGAAACUCGGGCAGCCAUCGGAAAUGUUAAUAUUUGACCUUCUGACGAUUUCUUCUUCGUAUGAAAUAAUUCUAUCUAUCUUCGUAUGAAAUGUACUUCGUAUGAUUUGUUCCGUUACACAUCCGUAAUAAUAUAACGAUUGAUGCGAGUGUCGUCUUUACAGAAUUUUUUCUGUGUAUCAACUUGUUGAGAAAUUCGACUUAUUUUCUGGAAGAUAAAUACGGAAGCUGCGAGU